AGAGAAGACAGAUUAUCAACACUCGAGGCUAGCUGGAUAGGUGAGUUGCAUCGUACUCGUUCAUUAAAACACUGUUUUAGCAAAGCUCUAAUUGUAGUCAUUUCUCCAGAACACCUUGAAUAAGUCGUUGAUAUAGAACUGGCUGAACCUUGUACAAAAUGGCUGAUGCAUUAGGCGUGAGUAUUUGUACAUGGAAUGUGGCAACCAUUGACCCUCCAGAGCAAUUAAGUCAGUUGCUGGAACGGCUACUAAGUUUUGAUCCUGAUGUUUGUAUUAUCGGUCUGCAAGAGGUCAGUUCGAAGCCUCAUGAGAUCGUUCAAGCAGCAUUUGUUGAUGACCCCUGGACAGAAGCCAUGGAUGCGGUGAUGAAGCCAAGGCAUCUUAUCCAGUUGAAGUCUACUCGUUUACAGGGAUUGCUUCUGGUUGUAUAUACUAAACUGCAUCACCUUCCAUUUAUGCAUAAUUUGAUGGCUAAUGUUACCAGGACUGGUAUAGCAGGUUUAUGGGGUAAUAAGGGAAGCGCAACAUUGCGGAUGGAUUGGUAUGGGCGUAGUCUGUGUUUCUCCAACUGGCAUCUAACACCACAUGCGGACCAAUGGGAUAAAAGGUGCAAAGAAACUCAACAGAUCUUUGAGGAUCAGAAUUUCAAUAUCGGCAACACUAUGAACAUAAUGGACCAUAGUUUUGUAUUCAUAUUUGGCGAUCUGAACUUCCGUUUGGAAGGGAUGAGUCGGGAAAAGGCCUUGAAUCACCUAGUUAAAAAUGAACUGGAACCUUUAAAAGAAAAAGACCAGUUGAGGAUUACCCUUCGUGAUCGUGAUGAAUUUGAAGGAUAUGCCGAGGGAGAGAUCAGCUUCCCACCUACAUAUAAAUUUGAUCCAGGCACUCAUGAUUAUGAUACAAGUCCUAAACAAAGAGUUCCCGCAUGGACAGACCGUAUAUUAUGGAAGGAGGACACUGGAACUGAUCCGAUCUUGAAACAGCUGGAGUACCAUUCCCAUCCGGACAUGGACCAUAGUGACCACAGACCAGUUAGCGCAUACUUUCAGCUUAAGCUGCCUGUUGAUGGGGCGACACCUCUUGUAAGGUUUGACCCAGUGAGAACAUUGAGGUGUGGACAAAAUGCUGUAUGCUCCUACUCAAUAGCACAAGACACCAAAACGAGCAGCUGGGAUUGGCUUGGUCUAUACAGUCUUGAAUUCAGUAGCAUUGAGCGCGACUACAAAACUUAUGUAUGGGCCGAUGCGAGGAGUGCUUCAAAACAAAGCGGUAAAUACCAAGUAACAUUCCAAGCUGAAUAUCUACCUGAUGAUUGUUAUGAUAAGUUUGUUUUGUGUUACUACAGCAGUGUCAUGGAGUGUACACUUGGAGUCAGUGCACCCUUUAAGUUUAUAUCAAAAACGACUGAGAUGGAGAUGUCCGAAUUUCAAUAUUGGAAGCCUGUCUCUAUAGAUUAAAUCAAGACAUUCAUGCAAGCAUAUGGACACACAUAUUAUGUACAAGAAUAUGUCGUGGUGAAUGUGUGAGUAACUUGAUGCAUUGUGGGAUAUUUCUUUAUGUGUUUGAAUAAAAUAUAUGCACAGAGGGCUGCAUAUGAGCGUAGGCCUUGUACAUUAUAUGAUCUGUGCAUGAGUACAACUGAUGCAUUUUGGAGUAGACGUGACAGUAGGAGUUUGCUUUUAUUCUGUAUUUUAUUCUUUUAAUUAAACAUUAAAAGUGAUUUUAAUCUUUCCUCACAAAUUUAAUUCAUUAAAAAUUGAUACUAUUUUUCUUCAUGUAAAUAAAAUUACUUGUUUAGAGAUGAUGUGGAUUGUGCUAAAACCUCUUUGAAAACAAGGGGUAAUAUUAGGGUUAAAUAACAAAUAAUGAAUAUUGAUAUAAUGAUUUGGUUAUUGAUUGAUUGAUUAACUGAUCAGUUUAUUGAUUGAUUGAAUUGAUAGAUUUAUAAAUGAGUGAUUAAUUAAGUGAUUGGUAGAAUAGUCACCUUCAAUAGAUUUUUACUGUACAUAAACUACACUAGUUUUAUUUCAUAACAAACAUAAUUUCUUAUGUACACUUCUUCGUGGACAAUUGCAUUUUGCCAAAUCUCAGGUGCAAUAUCAUUGUAACUUAAGAAUCAGGACAACUUACAGUGUUCUGUUUUCAUUCUGUAAUUUUGUAAAUUAGUUUGUUUUUACAAAAAUGCAGGACUAUAGCUGGGCAUAGAAAUAUCAGUAGCUUUUUGAUAAAUAAAGAACUAAUGCAGAUGUAUUGUAUAUUAGGAAUAAUUUAGUGGGUGUAAAUAGGUAUUCGAAAUUGUUUUCCGUACUUAUAAACGUUUUGGUGGGAGAGCAUGGUAUUUGGUUCUUCUGUACUCUUGAUUGGGUUUACUUGCAUUUAUGGGAAUUACUGUAUAUCUUGAAAAUUCUAUAGAAAUUUUAUCUUUCAGGGCCUACCGUAGAGCUGUAAAUAGAUUCAUGGGUUUAUAUUUCCGACCAGAUCUUAAUUACUUGUAAUAACUACCAUUAAAUAAAAAAUUAACUUAAAUGUAAAUAAAACACCUGAAAACUAUAUGAAUAUACCUGAAUAUAAUGGUAUUUUAUGUUAUCGAUUAUUUAGAACAAAAUACCAGAGCUAUAAAAAUACACUAAAAAUAUAUAAUUGGGUUGUCCUCCAAAUUUAUUUCUGCCACACCAAAUUUUAAGAAUGCGCACCUCUAGAUAUCUCAAAAUGUCGCUUCAAGAAUGCAUUUUGAAAAGCAGUUUUGCCUGAAAAAAUAUUUGGCUGGUUCCCCGAUGGGCCCUGUUCCCCUGGACCCCUACUUGUGCCAUCAAUUGUUUAUAGAGCAUCACUCCAUUCUAAAAGUAGGGAGUCGCAUGUUGAUUUAAUGAAAUGAAAUUUUAAAGAAUGGAAAAAAAUAAUAAUAAUGAAGAGGAAUUAUUGUACACCAUUACAGUGGUAAUACACAUUGUAUUACAUUGACUUUAUUUUAAGUAGUUGGAUAUUGGAAUCAAUGUAAUGAUAUAGAUCAUUUUAUAGCAUAUUUAACAAUUUUAUUUUUAAAACAAAUCUAUGA